UUUCUCGAAGUCGAGUAGGACCAGAAACAGAAACUUUAAAAAAAUAUUAGUUGAGUGAUGAACAAUCGGAAUAAUAAUUCAUUUAUAAUAAUAAUUCAUUCCAUGAACAUUUUAAACCCAGUUUAGGAAAAUUGCUACAAAGUGAGUGCAUGUAAGUAAAGUAAUGCAAGGCCGUAUAUUAGUCCAAGAAUAUAGAAUAUAGAAGUAAUGUUGAGUGCAUUUUGUACACGAAAAAUUAAACUUCCCUUUUCUUAUCCCUGAUUGGCGCUUGGAUUGGCCAAUAGUGUUUUUGUAUACCUUGGGCCAAUCCAAGGCGGCCAUUUGUAAGCGGGCAGCAGAGCAACAAGAGGCCCUGAACAGCUCUCGGUCACUUGUGCAGCACGUUGAAUGUGUGAGACGAGACGAAUACGAUCCCGAAAGAUUGAGUGCUCUGACUCCAUCUGAGCAGCUAUUCAACGGGUAGCUGUCUGGCCAAUGAUCUUUGGCACACCGUGAUCUGAGCAAGAAUGGCCUCUGCUGCGGGACGGAGGAAGCGCUCCCGGGACUCGAGCGGCCCGAGUGAGCCGGCCAUGCGACCCUCGAGUCUGCGCUCCGAGGCGCCGUUCAGUGAUGAGCCGGACGCCGACUAUGCGCGCGCCAUGUGCGACUACACUCAGAAGAUCACACUGGAGAUGGCGAGGGCAGGCACCGCGCCCCGGCCGGUUCGGGUGUACGCCGACGGCAUUUAUGACGUGUUCCACAUGGGCCAUGCGCGACAACUGAAACAGGCCAAGAAUGCGUUCCCCAAUGUGUACCUGCUGGUGGGAGUGUGCAGUGACGCCUCGACACACGCACGGAAGGGUAAGACGGUGAUGAACGACACGGAGCGGUACGAGUCGGUGCGCCACUGUCGUUACGUGGACGAACUGGUGCGGGACGCGCCCUGGGAGGUGGACGACGCCUUCCUCGCCAAACACAAGAUCGACUUCAUCGCGCACGACGACUACCCGUACACGACUGGCUCGGGGGUAGACGUGUACGCCCGACUGAAGGAGCGAGGCAUGUUCGUGGCCACGCAGCGAACGGACGGCGUCUCCACGUCUGAUAUCGUCUCCCGCAUCGUCAAAGACUACGAUGUCUAUGUGCGACGCAACCUGCAGCGCGGCUACUCGGCCAAGGAGCUCAACGUCUCGUUUAUCAACGAAAAGAAAUUCCGCAUCCAGAACAAGAUGGACGAGCUGAAGGACCGCGGCAAGAAGGCGAUCGCCGACAUAUCGGACAAGCGGAACGAAUUCCUGCAGAAGUGGGAGGACCGCAGCCGGGAGUUCAUCGACACCUUCCUCAUGAUGUUCGGCAGGGACGGGCGCUUGAAUAAGAUGAUUACCGACUCGAAGACGAUGGUGCGCUCGGCGCUGUCUCCACCCUCCUCACCGACGCCCUCUUCGUCCAGUGAGGCCGACGGACUGAACAGUCCGCCGUCCAAGGUGCGGCGGCUCCGCUCAGAGGACGACAGCGCUCCCGGCGCCGCCGCCGCCGCAGGAGACUACUCAGAUGACGACGAGCAGGACGCGUCACUGGGAGUGCAGUAGUACCGCCGAGCGCCGGCCGGGGACAGAGUCUCCGCUGGCGGUCACACAUCGCGCACAGUAGCCGGCCGGGCUGGGUCGACCCCGGCACAGCCGGCAGCGUAGAGCCAAUGCGACGCACUGCGAAACGAAUGGUGUGUAUUCCUACAUUUUAUCUUGGUACGUGAACAGUGCCGCGGGUUUUUAGCUUUGUCGAUCAUUUGGAGUGUUUGCUGGCAAAGGUGAUUGGCGGUCCUGUGAUGGCCCUCUGUUUUGGCCGUGGCCGAACGCCGCUGCCAUUAUGGUGCUAGACUGUUGCGAUAUGUGAGAAGACCAAAUUAUAGGAUAGUGUUUAUUCCGCACUGCUUCGAAUGUAACCUGUGGUGAUGGUGCCGAGUUCUCUGGUGCUGCACAACGCACAGCACUGUGCGCUGAGGGAAUAGGAAGCAUAAUGACAGCCUAUGAAGUAUGAACCACUAUGCUUGCAUUCAGCAAGUCUCGCGGUUGUGACUGCUAUACACUAACUAAAUGUGUUGAAAGACUUCUACUCGCAUGUUCGCAAAUUUUCACCAGCUAGUGCUAAUCCCAUGAUUAUUUAUUGCCUUUUGCCAGUAGCCCUCUUGGACAGUUGUACAAGAUAUAGCAAUUAGCCAGGCCAGAAUGACGUCAGACCAAAAUACACGUUUACAAUGAAAAA